CUUUCAGGCUUGAUUUCCUGGAAACAGUGGGCAACUUUGCCACCCCUCCUAACCAUCUGAGCUCCACCCACUUUAUCUUUCAUUCUGGGAAACAGUUUCAUUACACAGGAUGUGUUAUCUCAGAGGAGUGUGAAAAAUAACUGAAGGAAACUACUCUCAUAAGCUUUUCCAGAAUAUGAAGACCACAUACACUGGUCAAUCUCAUAUUCAGAAACAAGAAUGUCCAGUACCGUCAUACCCACAAACUCUGGGACGCUGGUCAUCCAGUUUCAGCAACCAGAACAAACGGCACCAGCUGAAAGAGGGACAAAUGCUCCAGUGACUGUUCAUGUCCCACAGGCAGCUUCACUUCCUCAAGGAAUUGAGGCAUUUCUGAAAGGACAACCAAAAGUGCUUGGGACUGUCCAGAUAAUGAUCGGCCUGCUGAUUCUCCUGCUUGGCAUUGUGUCUACAGUCCAAUCCAUCUUUGUUAUUUGGGGUAUUCCUUACUGGGGAUCUCUCUUCUACAUUACCGCAGGAUCACUGAGCAUUGCUGCAGAAAAUGCACUCCAUGUCAAAGGCACCUCCAGUCUGUGUUUGGUGAAAGGUUCACUUGGAAUGAGCAUCAUGAGUGCUAUAAAUGCAGGCAUUUCCAUUUCUAUACUUUCAGUGGAAUUGUCUAUAGAAUCAUUGAACUCUUCUCAUUCGGAUGUCAAGUACAGGGGGAUCACUGGUGUGUUCUUGGUAUUCACUGUCCUUGAGUUGAUCAUCUCCAUCUGUCUGUCAGCAUUUGCCUGUAAAGCCAACGCCUGCUGUGCUGCUCAGGUGCUGAAUGUUCACCAUGUUGUAAUUCCCCAGUCCUAUCAGACACAUAAUCUUAACCAGUCAGAGGUUCCUCUGGUCAGCGUCUCUUCCAUACAUCACCAUCCUGCAGAAAAUCCCCCACAAUACAGUGAAACAGCUCCUAAAUAUGAACCUUAAAAAGUGGACAGAAGCUGUAAAUAUUCUGCGACGUGUCACUUUUUUUUGAUGGAUGACCUUUGACCUGACAUUUGAGCUUAUGAAUUAUGAUAUUAGCCCUCAGGAUAUUUCCCCUCCCCCAAGGUCGACCUUCAACAUGGGUUAUGAAUAUGUCCAUUGAUUACUGGCAUUUUUGAAAUACCUGUGGUGUUGACCCGGGGUCAUUUAUGGGGUGGAACGAAUGGAUAAUUUUUUAACUUUGACCAUCUUUGGAAGUCCUGAGGGUAAUUUUAAAGGUUGAGGGUCACACAUGUGUUGAACAGACAUCCGCAUUCCAGCACAUACUCUAUAAUAUAAAAAGACCGCAAUGUAUUCAGCAGAAAAGAAACGUGAAACAUGGAUAGUUUAAACUCACCUAAAACGCCUGAGACAAAAUGGAACGAAGAAGAGAUGACAGAAAGCCUGACCUUGGCUCCAAGAAAACCACACGGCUAUGUCUAUUUGACAAAGUUUCUCCACGACAGUAAGGGUUGUGUGAGAGCAGAAUUUGUAAUGAAUAGCAACCUCGUAUUUGGUUACAUAUUCAAUAAGGAGUCCUGAGUCGUUACGCUCUACACUGCCGACAGCACCAGCGAAUUUAAACCUGGAGAAGAUCCCUGUCUGAUGUUUCCUGUUAAAGACUGGACUUUAUUUUACAUUUUACGUGUCUGGAAAGAUCUGAAUGACUGUGGAGAAGAACCUUUGUACAUCGCCGAGUGGGACGGGAUAACUCUGAAUGUUCGCUAUCGCAUGGUCGGCGAUCACUCUAAUAAGAAACAGGAUGAAUGCGUCUACAUAUUCUGUUGCAAAGACAAGACAAAGCUCAGUGACCAUAGUGGGGUCAUCCUACAUGAUGAACAUCAUGAUAUGUACGAGAUGCGAUUUUUGUUCAAGUGGUGUGAUCUGACUAUGCUGAGUUCCCAUUUCUCGAUCAUAAACAAAAUGUUCAAGUGGUGUGACAUGUGGGAUGGAUACAAUAAAGUUAGAGUACAGCUAUUCAACACAAAGAGAUGCGCACGCACCAGCACAUAUGCUCUGCCAUCCCCGCCCAUUCACUACAACCAUUUAUAAGCAUCAGCAAGUCACACCCAUAUCCUCAGAACACCUUUAUAAGCCAUGGCUCAACACGAUACUUCAGAGCGCUCUCACAUCUGCAGCUGCGGAGUCUCUUUCGACAACGGAUUUGACCCUCCCGAUGACAAUGCUACUGAUCAUAUUCUGACAGACAAACCCUGCGUAUCUGUUGGCAAUAAACAAUGGCUAGAUAAAUUCUGCACUGAGCUUGGACAACGCAACCUGAGUUUCCUGACUGAUCACGGCGAAAGUACAUCUACAAUGACUGAUAAGGGUUUUGAUGCUCCUGACAGUUGUUUCACUGAUGUUGGAUUCAAAAUCGUAAAAGCUAUGAUCGUAGUGCUACUGCAACACCUCAUCGGCAAUAAGCAGAAGGAGGACUGCAAAGGAUGUGCUAUAAAUCAU